CCGCCCGCAGCACGGCUCGGCUCGGCACGGCUCAGCACGGCCCGGGCUCUCCCUGCCUCGCCAUUGUGUGCCCGCCCGGCGGCUCGCCGCGGGGCCGCGAUGCUCCAGGGCUCCGCGCCCCCUCCCAGGCGGCAGCGGGCUGCAGCGCCGGCGGGGAGCGGCCGCGCCGCCUGCUAAGGGCUGAAACUUCGCCUCGCUCCCGCCCGGCUCGGAUCGGCCCGGCCCAGCCCGGCUCCCUCCAUGCGCUGAGCGAGCCCCAUGGACGCCUUCAGCGCCGCCAAGGCCAAAAUGGGGGCGAAGAGCGGCGGCGAGGCGGCCGCGGCGGUGGGGCUGGCCGCGCCUCAGCCCGCCGCCCCGGCCCCCGGCCCCGCCGGCCCCGGCUCGCCCUGCGAGCCCGCCGCCUACAAGCUGGAGGACCUGGAGACCCUGGCCACCGUGGGCACAGGUACAUUUGGGCGUGUUCAUCUUGUGAAGGAAAAAAUGGCCAAACGUUACUUUGCACUGAAAGUAAUGAGCAUUCCAGAUGUCAUUCGACUGAAGCAAGAACAACAUGUGCACAAUGAAAAGUCAGUCUUGAAAGAGGUCAAUCACCCAUUUUUGAUCAGAUUAUUCUGGACCUACCAUGAUGAGCGUUUUUUAUACAUGUUAAUGGAAUAUGUGCCAGGGGGAGAACUUUUUAGUUACCUGCGCAACAUGGGGCGUUUCAACAACAGUACAGGACUGUUUUAUUCUACAGAAAUUAUUUGUGCAAUAGAAUACCUGCACUCCAAAGAAAUAGUUUACAGAGACUUAAAACCUGAAAAUAUAUUACUAGACAAAGAAGGACAUAUCAAGCUUACUGAUUUUGGAUUUGCUAAAAAACUGGUGGAUAGGACAUGGACACUUUGUGGCACUCCUGAGUAUCUUGCACCAGAAGUCAUCCAAAGCAAAGGUCAUGGAAGAGCUGUGGAUUGGUGGGCCCUGGGAAUUCUUAUAUUUGAGAUGUUGUCAGGGUUUCCUCCAUUUUUUGAUGACAAUCCAUUUGGUAUAUAUCAGAAGAUUCUUGCUGGCAAAAUAGAUUUCCCAAGGCAUUUGGAUUUAUAUGUAAAAGACCUUAUUAAGAAGUUGCUUGUGGUUGACAGGACAAGACGGUUAGGAAAUAUGAAGAAUGGAGCAGAUGAUGUGAAGAGACAUCGAUGGUUCAGGUCUAUAGACUGGGAUGCUGUACCUCAAAGGAGACUAAAGCCUCCUAUAGUGCCGAAAGUAUCGAAUGAUGGAGAUACUUCCAAUUUUGAAGCUUAUCCUGAAGAUGACUGGAAUAAAAUGCCUCCAGUACCCCCUAAAGAUCUAGAAAUUUUCAAGAACUUCUGAAUGCAACAUAUGCACUGGACGAGAAACUGGAAGGAAACUGAAGCGAAGAGUAAGUCUGAAGAAAAAUGGAUUUCAUAUUUCAAUGAAGACCACCUUUGUGAAUGAGAAUGAUACUGCAUUCAGAUAUCAAUAUGAGAAUAUCUUAAAUAUCUAAGUAAUUGGAGGCAGGCAAGAAUAAUUUUUAGCUGUAAACAUUUGGCAUUAGUUUAGUAAACUGUAAUAUUGAUAGUCUACUCUGAAGUAGACUGACUAAAAUGGUAUAUUAGGAUUUUUUUUAAGUUAUGCUUUAGUUAAGUUUCCUGCUAUUCCCAGAUCCUUUUUGCAUAGUUAACUCAUAGAUUUAAUUUUAUAAGUUUAUAAUAAACUUGUGUAAUUAAAAGCACAAAUUAGUGUAUAUGUAUAUAAUGAAUACAAUACAACUAAAGCACAGGAACUGUGCAAAGAUGUAAAUUUUUGUAUUUUGCAGAGUCUAUGAUUUUUAUUUUUCAAAUAAUGUUUUUCAAGAAGUUCUCUAGGGAUAAAAAUCUUAAAAGGAAAAAUGAGUUUUUCAUCAUCUUAUAUACAUUUUAUAAUUCUUUGUAAAAAAAUAAAAUAAAAAUAAUUAAGUUUUAAAUAAGAUUUGUACCUAAAAAUUCCAAUGCCUCACACUUUCAACCACAGUACUUGAAAGCAGAAAGACAAGGGUAUGUUUUAUUGUUGAUUAAGAUACAUCUUAAUGGCUAAUCAAUGAAGUUGUGUUACAGAGAUGUCUCUAUAAACCAGGAUAUUGAGUGACAGUAGACUGUCUGAAAAGUAAUUCCUCACGUCAGCUAUCUGUAAACAUGCAAUUCAGUGCAUAUUCAUAAAAGGGCUCUCACUGGCUUUUAAAGGGGUUGUGUUCUCUCAAGCUUGCUAUCUUCUUCACAUGUAAAGCAUGAGCCAUAACAGACCUUUUCCAUUAUUGACAUGCUUGUUGAAUGCUUGGCACUUCCGAAUAUCAGAGGGAAUACUAAAUAUAUAUUAGAGCCUGAAUUUUCUGCUUCUGCUUUUGGAAAUCUCCUAAAGUCUCCACUGCCAGGAAUUCCAUAUGUACAGAGUUCAAGCCUUAGCCAUAAGGAAUCUUUUUUUUUAUACUUUACUAACAGCUUUCUAGCAGAUUAAAUACACUGUAUUUAGGAAGUAUUUGCAGUACUGCUUCAUUUUAAGUAGCACCAAGUAACAGUAUGUGCAUCUGUAUGUAUCUAUGUAUAUGAAUACACAUAAACAUGAAGGUAAAUUGUAUACAAUUCAAGAUUUUUCAUAUUUCAUAUCAUGAUUCUUGUUUUAAUGCAGGGGAAUUGAAGUGAUUUGAUUUCAAAAAGUAAAUACAUUAGAUGUUGUAUUUUUAUCUGACUUUUAGGAAAGCUGCAAUGCUUAGAUCUUCCUUUUUUUUUUUCUCCCAAAAACUCAUCAGCUCACUGGAGUUUUACAACUGUGACUAAGAGUUCUACAUAAAACUACUUAAUUAGAUGACACAGACAGUUUCUCCUAUAAACAGUUUUCUGUAUUUAUCCAAAAUGCCGUAAGAAAUGUGAGGCCAAAGAUUAAUUUUUCUGAGCUAAAUUCUGAAUGCUCGUAAGGAAGUCAUUUUACUAAUAGCUGAUAAAAUUAAUGUGUUUAUAACUUUACAACAGAUAUGCAGCUGGGGUCUCCUGAUGGAAAAGUUAUCUCCAUUUUAUUUCGUUUAAGAAAGUCUUUCUCUAAACAGUGCAGAGGAUUAGUAAAAUAGUAGAUGUACUUUGAGAGCUUGCAACUUCUAGCUUAUUAGAUCUAUUUCUUGAUCAAAUUUAACCUUUAAAGAGACUGUAUAACUGGCAAAAAUGUACAAUAUGUAACAAAAUUGUGCUGCUUCAAAGCAAUAGCUCCGGAAUAUUACAGUGUCAUCUUGAUGUUAUGAAGUGUUGCAAGUUGAUGGCCUCAGCUGAUGAUCAGUGAAAGCUGUGUAGUUAUAUAUAAUAAAAUACAGGAAAAUCCAUAGAAAACUAUACUUUAACAUGGUAAAAUUACCUUGUUCUCCCGAGAAAUGAAUCUGGUCUACUUUACUUGUAUCUCUGGAGUUAGUUAUUCCAAAACAGUUGGAGGAACCGAAGUAUGUAAAAACAGCUUACAUUGUCUAAGAGAAGAAAGCACAUUUUUUAAGUGUAAGCUUUCAAUAUUUUAUGGAAUACAAAAAGCUACAAAAGCAGCUUUUUAUUUAAAACUGUAUGUACUGCAACAACCAAGUGUCCUAAAUUUGAGGGUUUUUUGUUUGUUUUUGUUUUGUUUUCAAAUUUAAAACUGCACUGAGUUUAGGUCUUCAAAGCUGAAGAAAUGAAGUUGCAUUUGAUUAAUGUGCUAUAUUGGUGGUGAGAAAUUUUGAGUGUUUGAACAACAGGAAAUAGAUUUUCUUUCUGCAACUUUUAUCCAUUGCUGGCAGUGGAUGCACUCACUAUGAUAGAGACUAAAGAAUCAAGUAAAAUCUUCUUAAUAAUGCUAAUCAGUUAACUUCACGUUAUUUUCAGAGCCAUGUGUACAUAUGCCUAACUAAUGACUUCGUCAACAUGCUUUCUAGUACAAAACUACUUUCAAUUUUUUUAAUUAAAAUAAUAAGAAACCUUGUUUUUGAAAUGUUAUCUUAAAUGAUCGGUUUUCUCUACAAUCUUAAAAUUAAUGAGCUGUUAUUACCUUCCCAUUUUAUUUAUUUGCACAAGUGAGUUUGUUUUAUUUUUAAGCCUUUGCUUGGGACUUCAUGGACCACUAACAUAGUUCUGUCUGAGAGCUCAAGUAGAAGUUCCUAAAUACAUACUGCACUAAGGACUCUGGUUUUUAUUUUUUUAAGCGAGCUAGAACACUUAUUUUCCACUCAAGUUUCUGUUCCCUGAACUUCAUUUUAUUAUGUUUGCUUCUGUUAACAUGUGUUUUUGCAUAUAGACUUUUGCAUAAGGACUUCUUUUUUGCAAGAGCCCAUAGGCCUUUCAUAUUCUGCUUUGGUGAACAAGAAUGUUAAACAUUUAAAAAGCAAUCUUUAUUUUUGAGUUUUUUAUAUAAAUAUAUUUUUAAUUGCCCAAUUUGAGGUUUUAAGUGAUAAAUGUGCAUUGUAAACUUAAUUGCCUUGUAACCAAAUGAUGAAAAUGCUUCAUGAUUUAAAUGGAGAAUACGCUGUAGAUUUUCCUGUGUAUUAGCUUGAUCAAUGAAUAUGUGUGCUACUGAGCUUUAACUAAUGUGAUCUUCCACUGUAGAAAAUUCAUUGUUAAUUGAUCAAAAUAUAGGUAUUGAACUAUGUUUAAAUGGAUCAACAGGGAUUUUGCAGGUUUGAUAGCAAUUAAGAUAUGGCUGUUCCUCAGCCCAUCUGCUUACCAUUCAGAAGAGGUGUGAUGCAGUGCUUCCUAUGCUAUAGAGUUAUUUUUCAGCUUUCAAUGACUGUAGCAUGAUUUCUUUUUGUACUGUACUGUGUACAGACUUCCCAUGUUUUGCACUUUUCUAUGGCAAACCUGACUGCUUUAUAAAUACACUGUUGUGGUAGUAAGUAGUGGUAAUGGUAGCAGGCAUUUGUGUACUACAUAACUAGUUUGAAACGCUAGACUUGCGAGGUUAACUUGGACUAAUGUUGUAUGUUGCUGGUUGCUUGUUGUAGCUCACAUGUAUAAGUACUGUUCAAAGUUAUAAAGUCAGCCCUCAUUGCACAAUGAAAAUCACUGUGAUCUGUACAUAAACCCUAGUAAAAUUUUAUUGCUGUUUAAUUUAUGUAAUAUCUGUCAAAUCUGGAUUCAUUUAAUAAACCUUUAUAACUUUUUAAAUGUU